CCUCAACACACGCACACACACACACCGCACUCAACUCAAGGCAACUUUUUAUCGAAACUUUUCAUAGAUGGAAUUGACGGAGGCUGUCAAAUAAGGAAUGGAGGAGGAGCGGGUUGACUCUCUAGACCUGAGCCAUCUGACAGAAGAGGAGCAGUCCACCAUCCUCCAGGUGUUACAGCGUGACUUGGAGUUGCGUCAACGUGAUGAAGGACGUGUAAGGGUCCUCGAGCAGACAGAAACAGACACCACACGAUUGCGCUAUCUGUCGGGGGCAUGGUUCAGAGAGGAGCUGAGCAAACGCCAUCGCAACCGGGCGUCUGGCUGUGACCUCGUCCACACCACUAUAAGCCACAGGAGGACAAAGAGCAAAGACGUGCCUCUGACAGGACUGUUCAAUGGAGAGACAGAGGAAACCUCUCACAACAACAACACAUCUCCUGAAGCAGAGAAGAGACUGAAGGAGAGCAAGGAUGAGGAGAGCGGAGGGACUCAAGGAAAUUUGAAACCUACACCCACACCUAGAACAAAAAGUCCUGUCAUACAGAGGUUCCAGUGUAGAAGUAGUUCCUCCUCAUCCAAAGAGUAUGAAAGGAGAAGUAAUGGGCACUCAGAGGAACCUGAGGAAAACUUUGACGGUCACAACGGGGACACUGACUCCCUGAGCAGCAGCUUUACAGAGACAGAUCCAGCUUCUCUGAAAACCAGCAGCUCUACCAGCAGCCUUCAUUCUAGCUACCCGCUGAGUGGAAGCAUGAUGAGCCUGUUCAGCUCGGGGGAUUUCGGAGCGGUGGAAGUGAGGGGUCGCAUCCAGUUCUCAUUAUUGUAUGACACCCAGAAGGAAGAGCUGCAAGUCAAAGUGCAUCGCUGUGAGGACAUUGCCAUAGCACGCAAGAACCGCUCAGACCCAUACGUUAAAACCUAUCUCUUGCCGGAUAAGUCAAGUCACAGCAAGAAGAAAACUGCAGUGAAGAAAAAGACACAGAACCCAGUUUAUGAUCAGAUCCUCCGAUAUAAGGUACGUAUCGGUGAGCUGCGGAGCCGGACCUUGAACCUGUCUGUGUGGCACGCCGAGCCCCUGGGGAGGAAUGUGUUCCUGGGGGAGGUGGAGGUGGUUCUGAGCCUCUGGGACUGGACCUGCACACGGCCACUCUGGCAGGACCUGCAGCCACGGGUUAAUUUAAGUCCAGAGUCAAUUAGCAAUCGUGGGCUCGUCAUGCUGUCUAUUAAAUUCAUCCCAGAGGGAUUCGAGGGUGGUGGUCUGCCUCUAACAGGAGAGCUCCACAUCUGGCUUCGGGAGGCUCAGGGUCUCCUUUCCAAUAAAGGAGGCCCUAUAGACUCAUUUGUUAGAAGCUACAUACUACCAGAUGCCAGUCGGCAGAGCGGUCAGAAGACGCGGUUGGUGAAACGCUCCAUCAGCCCUACCUUCAACCACACCAUGGUGUACGAUGGUUUCCAGACCAGUGACCUUAGAGAGGCCUGUGCUGAACUAACUGUCUGGCAACGCGAAGGGCUAAAGAUGCACAUACUCGGAGGGGUUCGCCUUAGCUACGGAACUGGUCAGAGUUACGGAGAGGCCGUCAGCUGGAUGGACUCCACAGAAGAGGAGGUUGCAGUGUGGACCUCCAUGAUCGAAACCCCUAACCACUGGAUCGACACAACACUACCAAUCAGAACUAACCUUGCACACCGGUCUGAGUGACUCUAACGCA